GGUGUUAAUCGCAAAUAAAUAUAGAAGUAUUCAUCCAAACAGUGAAACGAAUUGACUUUCCUAUAAAAGCGGAUUCCAAACGUCGUGUUUACUUAGUCUUAAAUCAACAGUUCGACGAAAAUGCAGUCCCUGAAAGUGAUAUUUGUUUUGGGCCUUACCCUCUCCGUUGCCGUCGCUUUAAGAGCGCCGCUCGGUGGUGCCAAACCCCUGGAGGGUGAUGAUCUGGCCUCGGCUAAGGAGCUUUUGACCAACACACUCGCCAAAUUGGCAACCGGAAAUGGGCCUAACUACCAAGUUGUGAAUGUGAAAUCUGCGAGUAGCCAAUUGGUGGCUGGGACUCUUUACAAAUUCCAGGUGGAUCUGUCCAAUGGAUCCGACCCCAAGGAGUGCACAGUAAAAAUCUGGGAUCGUCCAUGGUUGCUGGAGAAGGGUCAAGCUGUCAAUGUGAGGAUUCAGUGUAAAGAGGAAGAUGAGGUCGACAAAACCUGGUAGAUCAUGAGGGAUGAACGUAGUUACCUUGUAACCUAAUAAAAGUGUGAACAUAA